GCCCCCUUCCUCCCCGCCCCCUCCCCGCCCGCCCGCGCGCCCGCCCGCCGCGCUCUCGCCCGCCGCUCCGGUGUCCCCACCGAGCCGUCGCCGCCGCCGCCAGCGAAGGUGCCCGGGAGCCGGGCCCUCCCCGCCGGCAGCCGUCACUGCUCGGAGCGGGCUGCGCGGCGGGAGCUCGAGGAGGCGGCCGCCGCCUGCGCCGCCGCGCAGGAGCAGGAGGAGGAGAAAGGGUGCGCAGCCCGGAGGCGGGGUGCGCUGGUGGGGUGCAGCGGAAGAGGGGGUCCAGGGGGGAGAACUUCGUAGCAGUCAUCCUUUUUAGGAAAAGAGGGAAAAAAUAAAACCCUCCCCCACCACCUCCUUCUCCCCACCGCACCACACACAGCGCGCGGGCUUCUCGCGCUCGGCACCGGCGGGCCGGGCGCGUCCUGCCUUCAUUUAUCAAGCAGCUUUUCGGAAAAUGCAUUUGCUGUGYGGAGUUUGAUCCGAAGAGGAUUCCUGCCCCCGUCCCCGGCUCUUCCAUCGUCUCCCUCCCGUGUCUCCCUCCCGUGGAGGCGUGAAGCGGUCCCGUGGAUAGAGAUCCAUGUCUGUGCCCGCGCGUGUCUGUGCGUGUGUAAAUUGCCGAGAGGGGGAAAAUCACAGGACUUCUGCAAAUGCAGGACUGAAAAUUGUAAUUCAUCUGCCGCCGCCGCUGCCUUUUUUCCUUGUGCUCUUGAGAUCUCCGGUCGGGAUUCCUACGGAUUGACAUUUCUGCGAAGCCGAAGUCUGGGAAUCAAUCUGGAAAUCCUCCCAAUUUUUACGUCCCCUCCCCCAACUCCUGAUUCAUUUGGAAGUUUUAAAGCAGCUAUAAACGGAGAGUUCUGAAGAUUGAUGGGAUCGUUGCCUUAUGCAUUUGUUUUGGUUUUACAAAAAAGGAAACUUGACAGAGGAUCAUGCUGUCCUUAAAAAAUACAACAUCACGGAGGAAGUAGACUGAUAUUAACAAUACUUAAUAAUAAUGUGCCUCAUGAAAUAAAGAUCCGAAARGAAUUUGAAUAAACAUUUCCUGCAUCUCAUGCCAAGGGGGAAACACCAGAAUCAAGUGUUCCUCGUGACUGAAGACACCCCCUCAUCCAAGAAUGCAAAGCACAUCCAAUAAAAUAGCUGGAUUAUAACUAUUCUUUUUUCUUUCGGGGCUGUGGGGUGGGAGCGGGGGCGAAAGGUGCUGUUGGUACCCGGCUGCUUUUCCUUGGAGAAAGGAUGGCUCACGCUGGGAGAACAGGGUAUGAUAACCGGGAGAUAGUGAUGAAGUACAUCCACUAUAAGCUGUCACAGAGGGGCUACGAGUGGGAUGCUGGAGACGUGGGCGCUGCGUCCCCAGGAGCCGCCCCCGGGCCGGGCAUCUUCUCUUCCCAACCGGGGAGCCAUCCCCCGCCCGCUGCGCCCCGGGACCCGGCCGCCAGGACCUCGCCACCGCCACCCCCGGCUGCCCCCGCUGCCGCCGCGGGGCCCGUGCUCAGCCCGGUGCCACCUGUGGUCCACCUGACCCUCCGCCAGGCCGGCGAUGACUUCUCUCGUCGCUAUCGUCGCGACUUCGCCGAGAUGUCCAGCCAGCUGCACCUGACGCCCUUCACCGCAAGGGGACGCUUUGCCACGGUGGUGGAGGAGCUCUUCAGGGAUGGGGUGAACUGGGGGAGGAUUGUGGCCUUCUUUGAGUUCGGUGGGGUCAUGUGUGUGGAGAGCGUCAACCGGGAGAUGUCGCCCCUGGUGGACAACAUCGCCCUGUGGAUGACUGAGUACCUGAACCGGCACCUGCACACCUGGAUCCAGGAUAACGGAGGCUGGGAUGCCUUUGUGGAGCUGUAUGGCCCCAGCGUGCGGCCCCUGUACGACUUCUCCUGGCUGUCCCUGAAGACUCUGCUCAGCCUGGCCCUGGUGGGAGCCUGCAUCACCCUGGGUGCCUACCUGGGCCACAAGUGAAGUCUGCGGGCCUGCCCCAAACAAAUAUGCAAAAGGUUCACUAAAGCAGUAGACAUGAUGUGCAUCAUCAGUGAUGCACCAUGAAGUCACGGCAUCUUUAAUGGAAAGCAAAUACAAGACACACACACACACACACACACACACACACACACACACACACAGCUUUCAGGCAAAACGUCGAAUCAGCUAUUUACUGCCAAAGGGAAAUAUCAUUUAUUUUUUACAUUAUUAGGAAAAAAGAUUUAUUUAUUUAAGACAGUCCCAUCGAAACUCCCAUCUUUGGAAACCCGACCACUAAUUGCCAAGGACCACUUCCUGCGGUUCCACCUGCUGGUGUGCCCCCAAACCAGAGUGAUUUUCCACGUUGAGCGGACUAGGCCGUCAGGUGAAGAGCAGACGGAUGGACACGGAAACUGGCCGCGGCGAAGCCGGGUUCUGGCUGCUGGAGGUUGGGCCGAAGGCAUUCCUUCGACUUGCAUCUAUGGGUCCUGGGGGCUGUGACGUUACAGAGGCAGGGUGCCUCGAGGGAAGUCCGUUCGUCCCUGGCCUGAAGAACAGACACUUUGCCUGUGACUCCCAUGGUACAGCGCCAGUCAGAGGACAGAAACCGGGAACUUGAGAGAGACGGGGUGCCCGCGGACACUUCCCCGCCGAAGGACAGUGGUGAGAAAAAUGCCCUUAAACCAUAGGAAAGUAUUUUUUUAAGCUACCAAUUGUGCCGAGAAGCAUUUUAGCAGUUUAUACAAGAUCAUCCUGUACCUUAAGCCCCGAGUGUGCAUAUUCCUAUAUUUUGGAUACACGCCCCCUCUGCAUACUGGCUCUGUCUGAGCAGGAACCAGAAUCCUCUGCAUCCAAGGAGGUGGAUGUUCCGGUGACUUCUUGGGCAUCAGGAAGGCGGCAGUCACCCAGAGCAUCAGGCGGCCACAAGUGCCUGCGUUGAAGAGACUGACUCCUGCAGAACCUCCUGUGUCCUGCCUGGAGGCCAGAGGCUGAGCUUGGGCACUUGCUGGUCUCCUGAGAGGUGUUCCGCAGAGCAGCGUGGCCUCCCCGWGUGGGAGCUGACGGAGCUGUCGAGAAAGAGCAAUAGUGGGACCAKCUGGGCCUGGUACCUUCAUGCCCUCCCAGUUGGUCCCUUUCCACCUGGAGCGUGGAAGGGGGAUCCCGGGAGCGAUGUCCCUUCUUAAGACAUUGGUCCCUGAGGAAGGAAGGAAACGGCCCUGUGCCUUUCCCAGCAGAGGGACAUGCUGAGGGCUGGGGCUGCCGCCUCCACAGGUGUGAGGGAAGGAGAAGGCUGAGCCCUGUCGGCUGCUGCACAGGGCCUGGUGGCCCCAGCUUGUCUGGGUAGUUUAAAGCAAGGCUUUCGAUGACUUUGGGGAGGAUCAUAAGUCCUAAAGGAAGAGAGGUAAAACGAGUUGAAAAGAGGUGUCACGUUAAUUGCUCUAUGUCUAUGGAUUUACAUGUAAAACAUUAUCUUGUCAUUGUCGAUUGGUUUUAUUUGAAAACCUUAUGGGUGUUGGGGGUGGGGUGGGGGAAGCUCCAGGUAUAGAAUGUGGGAAUUAUCUGCACAUCCUGGGGCAUUAAAAAAAAAUGAAGAAAAAAAUAACAAAGGUGGUAAACUAUAGAGAAGUAGCAAAAGAAGUGAAAUCUCUGGAUAAUAAACUAGAAAAUAUUUUUUUUCCAAGUUUAGAAUCAGCCAGGAGGCAUUGGUAGAAAAACUUUGUGGCAUUAUCACUUAUAUACCAUUUAUCUGUGUUAACUAUGGAAUGUACUAUUCAAUGUUUAAUGCUGUGGUUGAUAUUUCGAAAGCUGCUUUUUAAGAAAAUACAUGCAUCUCAGCAUUUUUUAAAACUCAUAUUUAGUUAUUGCCUCUACACUCUUAACAAAAGUGAUCAUUUUCCAUAUGGGAUUUUUUGUUGUUGUUGUCUUUUGAUUCUUCAGAAGCGUUUGUGAAGAGGUGGGCUAAGCCUGAGUCUCAGCUACCUAAGAACCCCUGGAUGUCACUGGCACCGAGGAGCUUGGUGUUCACCAAGUCAUGUGCAUUUCUGUGCAUUCCUGGUGGAUAAGUCUGUUGUGCUUUGACCUUUGACCAGCAGGUUGACUUGCUCCUGGGCAAUUCGGCAUCUGACGCGUGUUACCUAAGAUCACACGCGUGUUCGGUUAAACCUAAGAGCUUCAUUCAUUUGAAAACCCAGAUGGGAAAUGAGCAAAGGAUGAAAAUCUGGCUACGACGGUUUGACCUUCAGAGAGCUGCUUUAUGUGGCCUGUUUCCACGCAGACCCAUCCAAAGCCCUCCUUCCCUCCUUCCACAGGGCCCUUCUCUGUGGCUGAAACCCAGUGGCGCUCACACUUCACCCAGAAAGCAGGAGCCCUGUGGUGUGGAGCCACACCUCCCUGGUGGGCCUCAGGGAACAAGAGGACCAGACCUUUGAAUGAUUCUAAUUUUUAAGUGAAAUAUUAUUUUAUGAAAGGUUUACAUUCUCCAGGUGAUGAAUAUGGAAAAUCAAACCCUGUGCUGCUAUCCUGCCAAGAGCAUCUUCAUGGAGUCUGUUUCCAGCUCACUCCAAGUGGCGAGACCCUCCGAGCUGCUUUAGAGUAACAGUGAAGAACAUGGAUAUUUUUAAUAUAAAACCUGUUUGUCUUUUGUUGUUGUUGUUAUUGUUCAAACUGGGAUUUGCAGAGUAUUUGAAAAAAUGUAUAUAUAUUAAAAAAAAAAAAAAAGGCCGCAGGGGCCUAACUUUGGUUUUCUUUGGCUCUGGGGUUCUGUCAUCUGGUUUUAAAGGUAAACAUACCCAGUCACCUGACCCCAGAACUGUACAAGUACUGCAGCUAAACUCACUAUAAGAAUAGUUCGUUUUGCAUUUUUUCUUGUUGAUAAAAACAUGUUAGAAAGCAAUGAAUGUAUAUGAAAGCCUCAUCUAGUCAUUUCUUUCUUUUUGUCUCAAAUUAUUUUGCAAACGGACAACAGAGACUGGUUCUGAUACACUUCAUGUUGAGAAGGGAUUCACACCUCGAUCUGAACCCCCCUUUCUGCAUGAGAAGGAAUGUGCUCUAAGUUGCCCAGGGUGAACAUAAAGUAGAACACACGCACUUCCCAAAUUGGGAUCCAAGACUCUAAAAAGGAACCCACCAGAAGAAGGUCCCAGAACCUGCCAGGGCUCCUGAAGCCUUCCUGCCUGGGCACUGUCUCUGAAAGAGAGAACCAAAGGACUGCUCGUCUAUGCUGUAGCCACAGUUCACCUGGAAGAUUCCGCAGGAGCUGACAUUUCUGUAGGCUUAAGAAUCGGAUUAAAACCACAUUUUAGAAAUAAGGAAGUCCCUUUAUAUGUUUGAGCAAAACACCAGCAUCCUCUGCCCCGCUCACCUGUCUCUGCAUGCUCAGGUGUGGCCGGCCUUCCUUCAUAUGUGACUUUUAGGUAAAUGCUUAUUGCUUACCCUCUAAAGGCCUGGCUCUGGCCCCGUGGGAACAUUUAAGAAAGUGCUUAUAAAUCAAGAGAAGUUAAUAACAAUCAAGAGUAAAUGUAAAUAAUUAUGGCAAUCCCAACACAGGUCUAGCUUUCACAUCCAGUACACCGGAUGGAAAAAAGGGCAAGGAGUCUACACUUAGGAYUCAACGUGUACUAAAAUAAUUUAUUAAUGUGACCUUCAACUCUAAUUCCAAUUGUACUUUGAAGGUAGUGGCUGUUUUUAUACUUUCUUAUCACUUAUAGUUAGUAAUGUACACCUA